UCUUCUAACAGGGAGAAUCAUCUCCGUUUCCUUUCAGGAAUAUAUUUUCUUUUAUAACGAAAACUUCGAAAUCUUAUUAAAAUUAAAACCUCUAAAAAUUUAAAGAAAAUUUUAUUAAUAAAAGAAAUUCAUGGUCGGUUCUAGUAGGGGUUUCCAGAUUUCUUAAAGUAGGUCUUAAAUCUCCUGAUUUUUUUACCUGUAACCUUCUUCCAAAAUGAAUCUUUAUCUUGUCAUCAAUGGGCAUAAGCCCGGUUUAUAUCAAACCUGGAAGGAGUGUCACGAACAAAUAGCUGCAUACCCGAACCCCAUCUUCAGGUUAGUCCAUUCGCAGGAGGAAAUGGACCAGUGUCUACAGAGCUGGCAUGAUAUAGUGAGUUCAUCCAAAAGAGAUGCAGACGUAAUAUUUGAAAGGAACGGCGACGGAAGAAUCCAAAUCUACACCGAUGGAUCUUGCUUUGGAAACGGGACAACGAAACCAGCUGCAGGACUUGGAGUUUACUUUGGACCAAAUCAUCCCAAAAAUCUGUCUCUGCCUUGUGUUAAUAGGAAUACUAAUAAUGGGGCAGAACUAGAGGCAAUACUACAAGCAAUAGAAAUCAUUAUAGAACUCAACUUGAUCAAAAUUGAUAUCCAUACAGAUUCAGAAUUCCUAUGCAAUAGUUUAAAUUUAUGGUACGACGAUUGGGAAGGAAGAAACUGGUUAACAUCGACAGGUAAACCCGUCACGUACAAGAAUGAAAUGAUUCAUAUAAAGCAGCUCAUGAAAACUCGGGAUAUUCGUAUCCUUCACGUUCCAAGCCAUCAAGGAGUUUUCGGAAACGAGCAAGCAGACCAACUGGCUCGCGAAGGAGCAAGAAGAUCGAGCGCAAUCCAUCAGGGUUCGAGUCAUCGUAACCAGUCGUCCAUCAACUGACAAGAUCCAAGGAGUGGGGAACCCCUUAGAUCUCGGGGGGAAAAUGUUAUGUCCGACUCGAGAACUUAUUAAAAAUUUUUUUAAUAAGAAACAAAAUAAUGCAUAUUAACGCCAAGUUCUUGCGUCUCUCAUUCUCUCGAUCUUCCUUACUUCCCCACCUAAGACCUUUUUAAGUUACUCUAAAUGCGCGGGA